AUGUUAAAUGAAACCUUUGAAGUUUAUUUUAAAAAAAAAGGAAAAUCUUAAGAAUUUUAAUGCUAGUUUUUAUAACUAAAAAUGUAAGUGGCAAAAUUUGAUAAUGAAAUCCCUUUCGAUUGUUUAGUAUUAAUUGAUUAAAAUGACUAAGUAUAUAGUGCCACUUAAUAAUCAGAAUAAUAAAGAAAAUAGAAUUUAAUGUAUACAGUCUAUGAUGUUAGAGAUAUAAUAAUUUAAGAAAGAAUUAGGUAAAAAUAAUUAUUAUAAUAAAAUCGAGAACCCACAGAAGAAAUUCUUAACUUAAAAGCUAAACUUUAUGACUAAGCUUAAUAAAUUUAGAAGAUGGAUAAAAGAAUUUCUUAACUUUAAGGAGAAUCUUACUAUUAAAAAGCUGAAUCCGACAAAAUAAUCUAAGAACUAAAUAAUCAAAUUUGUUCUUUAAAAGAAGAAAAAUAGAGAGCUGAAUCUACUUUCCAAAUUUUAAUAGCAGAAAAAAUUGAACAAUUCUAAUUUGUUCAAGAAUAAAAGUCAUAUCAAGAAAGAGAGUAAAAAAAUGAAAUUGAAAGAUUGAAAAAAGUUAUAGGAUAAUUUGAAUUCGACAUAAUGGAUUAAAGGACUAACAAUAAGGAAGAUAUUUAGAAAAAUAAGGAGCAAUAUGAAAAAAAAAUUUAACAAUUAUAGGAGGAAUUAACGUAAUAAGAACAUAAGUUUUUAAAAAGUAAUCAAGAAUUAAUAGAUAUGAAAAUGGCUUGCGAAGUUUAAAUUAAAGAAUUAAGCGAUUAAUCAAAGAUGUUAAAAUUUGCUAUGGAUGUGACUAAUGAAUAACAUUAAUUAGUUAAAUUCGAAAAUUAAAAAUUAAAUAAUAAAGUUGAGACCUUGACAUAAAGGCUUUAUGAGUUAUAAAAUAACAAUAAAACCAACUCUUGA